AUGGCACGGAGAAGACGCCCUGCUAAGCCCAAGACAGCCCUGAGCGACGACGAGCAGUCCGACUUCGAGCAGCCCGGCCUCCCCAUCCGCGCUUCCGACUCCAACUCGGCUGAAGAUGACUUUGCGAGCGACGACGAGCCGAGUGCCAAUGGAGGCGCCGUGAACGGCGCGGGCGCCGAUGACGAGGGCGACGAGGGCGACGAGGAUGACGAGGAGGCGGGAGAUCUCGAGGAGGACGAGUUCAUCGUGGAGGCAGUCAAGAAGCACAUGAUCGACGACGACGGAUCGUUGAAGUUUCUCGUCAAGUGGGAGGGCUGGGAAAAGAAGUCAGACAUGACGUGGGAGCCCGAGGACAACUUGCUGGAGUCGGCAUCCGAAAUUCUUGAGGAGUAUCUCCGGUCAAUUGGCGGCCGCGACAGCAUAUUCGAGGAGACGGAGAAGGCGGCACGCGGAAAGAAGCGUGGUCGAGCGUCGACCGGGACCACGACGGCAACGAAGCGCUCCCGAAAGAACGGCGCGGCCGCUCACCCUGCCGACUCGACGCCGCCGGCCAGCUCGAAGAAAUGGAGCCCGCCCGCGGGCUCUUGGGAGGACGAGAUUGAGUCGAUUGACGCUUGCGAGGACGAGGGCAACGGCAAGCUGGUCGUCUAUCUCAUCUGGAAGAACGGCCGCAAGACCAAGCAUGAGACAUCCGUCAUCUACAAAAAGUGCCCGCAAAAGAUGCUCCAAUUCUACGAGCGGCAUGUCAAGAUCAUCAGGGACGAGGUCAGGACGGCGGCAGAUUGA